AUGAUGACACUGACACUGAUAUGAAUGAUUCUGAAGAUUGGCCAUUAGAUUAUAAUGAACCAUUAAACCCAUUACCCCCAAUUCCACAAAAAUAUAUUCAAGCAUUAGUAUCAAGUAAUAUUCAUAGUCCAAUGUCUUUUCAUUUUGUUGUUUUUAUUCCUACUUCUGGUGAUGGUUUCUUUAGGCUUUAUCGCGUUCGAGUCGAUUCUUCAGGUGGUUUAAAAGAGAUGUUUAUGAUUGGUCAAACUUUUAAUAAUCCAUGUGAACAACUCCAAAAUCGUGAUUUUCCUUUUCGAAAUCUAGUAGACAUGGGAUUAACACAUGAUAAAUUAGUAGAAGAAAAAGAACCUGAUAAUGGAAAUGGUCAAACUUGGAAGCAAGAAUGGAGAUUGUGGGCACUAUGGAAACGAAAUCGUCAGGCAACAUUGACUUAUACGAAUUUUAAUAUAACUUAUUAUGGCUCUUACGAUAAUAACAUUGAAGAUUCUAUCUCUGCUAUAGAAAUGUUUAAUUUUGGAAAACGAUGGGAAUUUGUCUCAAAUUCUCCAAUUAAAACGCAUGAUCAUGGAUAUUUAUCUAAUAUAAUUAAAGAUGGUGAUGAGCAAUUGGAUUAUGUUCAA